AAGUGUCCUGGUCCAACAGUGGCAGCUUGGCAGUGGUGGGAUUUGAAUGCUUAACCCUUCAAUGAGUAGCACAAAGUCUUAAGCACUGAGCUACCACUUUGUGAGCAACCUUCUGCAUCUGUUCAUAAUAUUGCAGGUAUGUAAAGACCACAUCUUUAACUGUUGUGGAAUAAAAGACUAAAUAUUGUAAUAACAUUCUACAGUGGGGGGUUGAAGUGCUUUUUCUUUCUUUUUAGUUGAGUCUUAGGGUUGUAAAGUUCUAAAACACCACCUCUGUCAGAAAUAAAGGUAAGGCACUCGACUCUUUCCUGUUGCUGGGGCGGUAUCAUCAAGGGGACAUCUUUUGUACCUUUAUUAUGUACAGUAUGUUUUUACUGGGAAAAAUGCACAUUGUUUACAUUUAUAAAGUUGUGAGUGGUCUUUAAGGUCCAAUUAUGUACCUUUAUUUUUACGGUGCAGAAUCCAUACAUAAGAUGAUCCCUUGAUGGUACCACACCAGCUACAAGGAAAAGUAGUAGUGUGGUCGGUUUCAUUCAGGUACACUAGCUGCAUGUUUGGGGAAAACACCCCGUAGUUAUUGUAUAAUAUGGAGGAUGAUCAUAGAAGCUUUGAGGUGUUUUUGUUUCUAGUGGUCCCCAGAUUGUAUUAUAAAUUUUGCCAAGAAUAUUUUACCUCAAAAUGUGGUUGCCUCUUCCAGGAGGUUAAGACUUGGCCAUGGGUCUUUUAACGAGAUGAUUGAAAUAAUGUUUGAUAGAAACAUGCAUCCAAAAUAACAGGAAGGAUGAAAUCUUAGCUGCAAGAUUUGAACCCUUUUGAAAACCUCACUGUUCCGUGAUCCCUGAUUCGAUCCUGAGGUUUCCUCCCGGUACUCCAGUUUUCUCCCACUUCCUGUCCCAUGCCCAGUGUUCCUGGAUAGGCUUCAGAUCUAGCACAACCCUGACCAGGAUAAAGCACUUUCUGAAGACAGAUGAAUGAAUGAAUGAAUGAAUGAAAACCUUGGUCUGAACUGAAGAGGACAUUCAACAUGGAGACUGUCCAAGAAGGCAUGCACCAUGAUUCCUACAAGCCUCACCAACUUUACAGGAAGAAGCUUAGUGCUAGUGUUCUCUCCAGACAGGACACAUCUGUAUGGGGGAAAUCACUAACAGCUGGAAUCAGUUUCAGCGCGCGCUUUGCGAAAUUGUGCACAACUGGAUGUCCAUAGAGGCGCGAUUACAGGGCAGAAGUGGGCUGACACGUCUCCCGGGAUGUGUAAGAAAAAAGAAUGGCUAUGCUGAGGAAAAUUAAUCGAGUGCUCUCCAUGCUACUCAUCCUGAUGGCCUUGGCUCUGCUGUACAGCAAAAUGUUCAAAGCACAUCAGCCAGAAAAACACUCAGAGUUCAGGGACAACAAGGCCCCAAACCAAACUGUGGACGAUGAAUCUGAGCUGGAGACGGACAUUCCUGUUGUGAUCUGUGCAGCAGAAGAGCGUCUGGGAGCCGCCAUGGCGACAAUCAACAGUGUGUAUAGCAACACGCAAGCCAGUGUGUUCUUCUAUAUAGUGACCUUGAGAGAUGCUAUUAAGCUGACAAGGCAGUACAUUAAGAAAACGAAGCUGAAGGAAAUCAAGUAUAAGAUUCUGGAGUUCAAGCCCAUGACACUGAAAGGCAAAGUGAAACCAGAUUCAUCCAGACCAGAUCUCCUCCAUCCUCUGAACUUUGUAAGGUUCUACUUACCCCUGCUUUCUAUCAGCAAUCAUAAGAAGAUUGUUUACCUGGAUGAUGACAUCAUUGUUCAAGGAGAUAUCCAGGAGCUGUACAGUAUCAAGCUGCAGUCAGGACACGCAGCAGCAUUCGCUUCAGACUGUGACCUGCCUGCUACACACGAGAUGGUGCGCAGUGUGGGCAUGCAAACAUCCUACAUGGGUUUCCUGGACUAUCGAAAGCAGGCAAUCCGGGAGCUGGGCAUUAACCCCAACGACUGCUCCUUUAACCCUGGCGUGUUUGUGGCUGAUAUUGAUGAGUGGAAGAAGCAGAAGAUCACUGUACAGCUGGAGAAAUGGAUGAGUGAGAACGUCAAGGAAAACCUGUACAGCAGUGCCAUGGCGGGCGGUGUAGCCACUCCUCCUAUGCUCAUAGUGUUCCACAACAAAUAUACAACAAUCGACCCUAAGUGGCACGUCAGACACCUGGGUUGGAGUCCUGAUGCUCAUUAUCCCCAGUCUGUCCUCCAAGAGGCACAACUACUUCACUGGAAUGGUCGCUUUAAACCCUGGGAUUACCCUUGUGUUCACAUUGACCUCUGGGAGAAAUGGUUUAUUCCUGACCCCUCUGGAAAAUUUGCAUUGGUGCGGCCUGAAACAUGAAAAAAAGACACUUCUACUAAUUAAAUCUAUGACUGAAGAUGGACAAUGGACAUGGCCUGUUUUCAUAAUAGAUUAUACACUGUCUGAAGACAACAAAGCUGUAGAACUUAAUUCAAGAACUUUGUUAUUUAAAUACACUGUGCUACUCAAUUCAUAAUAUGUGAAGUUCAAAAAUGCUUCUAGACCCAUAAUCAUCAUAUGUUCAAGGAUAGCUUAAAAAAUUGCCAUGCAGUGUAUAUGCUAAGUUCUUCGUUUUCUGGCCCAGAAAUAAGCUCCACCCCCAGCCAGAAUACAGCAGCUAAGCUCUGCCUCUUUUUCAACUUGUGAGGCAUACAGGAAAGUAUCCUCAACCAUGGGAGCAUGUCAUAUCAGCAUGGCCACUUACACUCACAUCAACAGUAAAUAAAAUAUCACUAUAGUAGUAUUUACUUUAGAUAAGUUAGCAAACUCACUAGUUGGUUAACAGUCUGUAACACUGACCGUACAUCUUGCUGUUUUGAAAGCAAAUGCAUCAUAAACUCAUGAUCACUAAUGUUAACUGGUUGUUAAUAAAAUGCAUGCUUUCAUGAAGGUGUCUACUCUGUAGCUUGAACACACAGAGCGAAAAUGACAUCAUUCUGAGUUCAGACUUGCCAUUUCCAAGGCAAAUCAAAUGCAGUAAUAGUUUUACCAGACGGGGUGGGGUCAGCUGAAGGGAAGAAAAGCUUGCAAGUGUUUCUGUGUAAAUGAACUGCAAUUUUCAGGCAGCAGAGGGCUCUAAAAAUUACAAACUGCCCCUUAAACAAAGCAUGCAAAGACAUUCCUGGUAGAACUAAUUGGAACUCUUAGUUCAGGGGUUAGUCUUUACUUUUGAUUACAAUACCUAGAUGCUAACAUAGAUAGAAGCUUUAUUGUCAUUGAACAGCAGUACAAUGAAAUUGAAGCGCCACAUCUGAUCAGGGCAGAGAGACUAAACCAAGCACACCAAUAAAACAAUAAAAACAAUAAAUAAUGUUAAUAAUAAUAAUAAUAAUAAUUUAAAAAGUCACAUUGCAUGUUAAAAAUUGUGUAUUGCACAUUAAAAUGUAAUUUCACAUUAAAAGCAAGAUGGGAGCUGUUUUGACUUAUCCCCAUUCAGAGUCCUUACAGCCCAUAGAUAAAAGCUGUUUUUUAGUCUAUUUGUCUUGCUUUUAAAACUCCUGUAGCGCCUCCCAGAGGACAGGAGGCUGAACAGUUCAUGA